AUUACUUCUUGAGGCAGGGAGACAAAAAUACCCGUUGGUUGGCUGGGCCAUCUCAGGGCGCGAUAACCCUUCAAAGAAAGUGAAAGGUCGACCGCUUUGCUUACGCAUGUAACCGGUUUGCCGUCUGAGAUGCUCGGAAAGAUGCUUGCCGUCUGAGAUGCUCGGAAAGAUGCUACCUGCGUUGCUUGUCGUUUCAUGACGUGUUUAUGUAGAAAAAGAACGUUACAAAUUAGGUUUGCGUCAACAAGGUCGCAUCACUCCACUUAGUGCUUGCUGGUCGGUUUGACUGCGAGAAGUUCACUCAGGAUUCGACACUCGUGCGGGUUGGGCGCAUCGUACGACGAGCGUAGCCGACUAUUCCUGACUCGAAAGUGCGGGCAUAUAAAAUGAGAGGCGACUGCCUACCACCGGAGCUUCAGCUGAUCGCAGAAACCGAACUUCGAGAGACAGAGGAUGGGAAAAUUGAGUCGUUGGACAAGCUUAAUCAGCUGUUGGAUGAGGAGCCUGAUCUCCACUCAAGAAGGGAUGACGAAUUCUUGCUUCGCUUUCUUCGCGUUCGCAAGUAUAACGUCGAUACAGCACAGAAGAAAGUCAAGGAGUAUUACAAGACCCGAAAAAACUUCCCCUGUAUCUUCGAGAACUUUGUACCUUCGAAUGUCAAACUCGAUGUCAGAAAUAUGAUGAUGGUGUUCCCCCAACCAGAUAUUCACGGCCGGCCGGUGGUACUGUUAAAAGCAGGUGCCUGGAAUCCCCAGACUACUUCCUACGGCGAAGCACUACAAGGCCUAACCCUUAUCAUGGAACAUCUGAUACCUGACCCGGUGGUGCAAACAAAAGGUGUCACCUGCAUCCACGACUUUGGCGGAUUUACUGCGGACAAAGUUCUCUCCAUCAACUUCGGCCUGCUGAAGAUGUCCCUUCGGCUUUUCCUGGACUGUGUACCGGCACGAAUAAAAGCGACUCACAUCGUGAAUGAGUCGUACACUUUCGACAUGGCUUACGCUAUGGUUCGACCUUUCAUCAGCAAGAAGAUGGCAGAUAGGCUUCAUGUCCACGGAGCGAACACCGAAGGCCUCCACAAAGAAGUGCCCGUGGACAGCCUCCCCAAGGAAUACGGAGGACUCGGCCCUGACCUGGACUUCCAAGCCUUUUGGAACCGCCUGGAACAAGAGGAAGAGUUCUUCGUCGAAAAUAACCGCUAUGGAUAUACCGGGAAGGAAAGCUGUAACGACGAAAUCGAGGUGACGGCCUUCUAGAGAAAUGACAAGCGCGAAAUGACGUGUAAAUACCAGACCAACGACGGAGAAGAGACUAGCAGAUUUGAAACAAUAAAGGUAAAAUAAGGAA